AUUCACGAUUCACGUAUUCGCGAUCGCGAACAUAACGAAAAAUUUCGGUCAGUAUUUUCAUCUGUGCAUUAGUUUUUCUAACAAACUAGCCCGGUCGGGUUUAACUUGAGCAAUUUUUACGAAAAUCUAAGGCAAUAAUACACACUACCUCUAUGGCUCUCAAUUUUGUCCUUCGUUCGACCUGCCGUAGCUCGGCUCCACUGUUUGGUUCGUUGGUUAAUGCCGGCCGCUUGUCGGUGCCGGUGACUCGCUCGCUGGUUCCGAAAGUCAGUGCUCCUACUCUGCUGAGCGGCUCUCUGCGUCAUUUCACUGCAACACCAGUCCGCCGGGCGGCUGCCGGUGGAAACCAUUCUACGCUAUGGACCGCAGAAAAAGCACUUUCCCUCGCACUGCUGGGUAUUCUGCCGGUUGGCUUGUUGUACCCUUCCCAGGUCACUGAUGCUGCUAUUGCCGUUGGCGUCGUAAUGCAUAUGCACUGGGGAUUGGAAGCUAUUGUUACCGAUUAUGUCCGCCCAAUUCUUGUUGGUCAUACCGUGCCGAAAAUUUGCCACGCUCUACUGAUAGUUGUUUCCGCGGCCACCCUCGGAGGACUGUUUUACUUUAUCCACAACGAUAUCGGUAUUGCCAACACUAUUCGCACUAUCUGGGCCACCAAAACGAAGGCUUAAGUAUUCAAUCAGGAACAAAGAAGUAUUUCGGAACGAAAAAAUAAAACACAAAAGGGAGCUAGUGAUAUGAUCUUACUGGGCGAAAUUUGCAUAACGCAAAGCCGUUUCAUAUUUAAAUAAAUAUUGAUUCAA